AUGAUGUUCAACAGCCAUUUCCUAGUCCUCGCAGUUGCCUUUGGCACAUCAUGGCUCUCUCUACCUGUAACAGGUAGUGUGAUACCUAAAGAACAAAUCAUAGAAAGCCGCCAGGACACAGGCAAUAAGUGGGUGGAUACAUGGACAUCAAUGCCCCAACUCGUGGAACCAGGCAACCUGCCCCCUUCGCCAUUCACAUCACAAGGUGCUGUUUUCAACAAUGCAACGCUUCGCCAGACUCUCCAUGUUUCCAUUGGAGCUGAUAGGAUUCGACUCCAAAUUUCAAACACUUUCGGCGGCAGCGACCUCCCGAUCACCGAAGCUGCCAUCGCUCUCCCUACAGGAGGAGAAGCAGGAGUUGGUAACAUUGAGCCGUCACCGAUAGCCGGUCUUACUUUCAACGGAGCGACGUCAGUAACAAUCCCGAAGGGCGAAGUAGCAUACUCAGACCCGAUUGACUUUUCAGUUGCGGCUGAAUCAAUGCUUACUUUAACCCUCUAUCUUGCUGCUGGGCAGACCAGAAACAGCAUUACAGGUCACCCUGGGAGCCGGACAACGUCAUGGAUGCAAGAGGGCAACCAAAUUGAUGCAACUAGCAUAACUGGAUCGAGCGUCGCCCAUUGGUAUUUUGUGAGUGGAGUAGAGGUGUGGGUUCCAGCGUCUCUAAGCAGUUUUAUCAUUCUCGGCGACAGCAUCACCGACGGUCGUGGCAGUGACGAUAACAAGAAUAAUCGCUGGCCGGACUUGCUCCUUGCGCGGAUGCAGACAAGCCAACUCACCGCAAUAGGAGUUGACAACCAGGCCGCAGGAGGCAACCGCGUCCUCCAGGAUGGCCUCGGCCCCAGCCUAAUCAGCCGGUAUAAGCGUGAUGCUAUUGGGCAAGAAGGCGUAAAAUACAUCAUGAUCUUUGAAGGCGUCAAUGAUAUUGGAACGGCAGGGACUGACCAGAAUACCCAAACUCGACUUGGAGACAAUCUCAUAUCUGCGUUCACGCAGAUCGCCAAUGAUGCACGCGCCGCUGGGAUUCUCAUCUUUGCGGCGACAAUCACUCCGUUCUCAGGGCCAGGGCAGUCAUAUUCCGACCCUACACGCGAGAAAACACGACAGAGGGUUAAUUCCUGGUUUAUAUCAAGCGGGCUGUUUGAUGCUGUUGUUGAUUUCGAUGCGGUCGUUCGUGAUCCGGCGACUCCUUCGCAGUUGGCACCAGAAUACAAUAGCGGAGACUAUCUACACCCUAAUGUCGCUGGGUAUCAGGCUAUUGCGGAUGCAUUUCCUUUGGACAUCUUUACGGCUACUGCCAACAAGCGUACGGUAUAGUUUACACCAUUUGAAGCA